AUGGACGAUUUCCUUGAACAUUUGAGCAAAGACGAUAACAAAGCAUGGUAUGGCGCGGAAGAAACCGAGAGAGCUGCAAAAUUAGAUGCAAUAGAAACACUACUUAUUACAGAUAGUGUACUAAAAAGGAACGACGUGAAAAAACGUGAAAAAUACCUAGACCUAAUAGAGAAUAGUGGAAACAACAAUGGCAAAAUAUUCGUACUCAGUACUUCAAAAAUCACAGUGAGCAACUUGACAAACCAACAGAUAUAG